AGUUGCAUUUGUUUAUGGAACGGUCUUGCCUGUGGCAAUAUGGCGGACACGUUGACGUAUAGCGGCAGCAGGCACGUCUACGUAUAGAAUGUCUAUGAUAACAUCCGCAUUCACGUCGAGAAAUCAGUGGACAGCGUGUCACCAGUAUGGAGGGAGAGGCGAUCUCCACACUGUGUUCCCCUGCUCUGGUGGUGGAUGUGGAUAAAGUGAAGAAAAAUGCCCAGAGGAUGAUUGAGCGCUGUCAGAAGAUGGGGGUGCAGCUUCGGCCACACAUGAAGACACACAAAACCCUUGAGUGUGCUGACAUCAUGACGGGUGGAUCACGACGGUGCAUCGUGGUUUCAACGCUGGCAGAGGCCUCUUUCUAUGCUGACCAUGGGUUUGAUGACAUCCUCUAUGCAUACUCUCUUCCUUUUGAUAAGGUGGAGCGGUGUGCUCUCCUGUCAGAGAGGCUCGACCUUUUCCAGGUUUUGUUGGAUCAUCCUGAUGCCCUGCAGCAGCUCAGACAAAGACCGCUGAAAGACGGUCGGCUGUGGCAUGUGUGGAUGAAACUCGACUGUGGCAAUGGGAGAGCUGGUGUCCUGCAUUCAGAGCCAGAGGCGCUAAGAUUGGCUCAGGCCAUCGCUGAGAUGGAGGGGGUGGAGCUAACAGGGUUGUACGCUCACUGUGGGAACACCUACAACUGCAGAGGGGUGGAGCAGAUACAGGCUGUCGCACAGGAAACCACCAACCUGACUCUGCAGUUCAUGGAGAAACUGAAGGCUGUUGGCAUCACCUGUAAGUCCAGCAUUGGCUCCACCCCCUCCUGCAGUCACCCAGUUAAAGACAUGGAGCAGCUCAGCGAGGUGCAUCCUGGAAACUACGCCUUCUAUGAUGUGCAGCAGUCUGUGAUCGGCUCAUGCAGUCUGGAGGAUGUGGCUGUGCGGGUUUUGACCAGAGUCAUCGGACACUGUCCUCACAGGAACCAGCUUCUCAUUGACUGUGGAUGGACUGGAAUCAGUCUAGAUGGAGCUGGAAAACUUCCCACAGGGUAUGCCAUGAUUGAAGGACACCCAAACUUAAAAUUGUUGUCUAUGACUCAGGAGCAUGGGAGAGUGGAACCCAUCUCAGGACAGCUGGACUACAGCAAAUAUCCGCUGGGCUCCAUGCUCACACUGAUCCCCUACCAUUCAUGUGCCACUGCAAUGAUGCAUCCCAUGUACUAUGUGCACUCUGAGGGACGCCUGGUGGGGAAGUGGACGCCAACACGCGGGUGGUGAAUGACUGUUUAACUGUUUACUCACACAGGAACUUGUUAGGAGAGCUUAUAAUCGCUUUAUUUUACUGUAAGCGCACAACUCUAAAUAUUUAACCUCUUCUUUCCUCUAUGCCUCUGCAGCACAAGACACAUAUCAGAUGCAUACAGUGAUUCAGUAGUUUGAAAUUACCGUUGAAGUAAACCAAUAUUUAGUCCUUUUGAUGGAAGUAUUAAAAAUAUGUAUUUAGAAACAUGUGAAUAGAUGUGAAUAAUGCACAACUAUAUUUUUCAAAAUUUCUAAAUAAACUAAAGCUUUUGCA